CUCCGUGUCAGGGAGGCGUGCUGCGUGUGUUGUCACAGAUUCACUAAACGCUGCUCGUGUUUUAUUUCCUGCCCAACUCCCAGCGGGAUAAAAAGCUCUCGGGCUCAGACCCAACAUGGGUUAGAAAGAAAGCCACCUAUGGAUUAUCCACUUUGUGCACUUCAGCGAGGAUGAUGGGGGGGAGAAUGGACUUGUUUUCGCAGAGACAUCCUGACAAAGACGGGGACUGAGAGGGAAUAGAGACCGGGACUCGCUGCUUCUCUCUGUCUCGUUUUGUAUUUUUUGUAUUUAAUUUAAUUUAAUUUUUUCUUAUUGGCCAGUUUGUUUAGUUUGGUUUUUUGUUAGUAUUUCCCCGCGCGUGUGCGAGGCAGAAAUGUUUGCAGAAUUGCUGUGCGGCGCCGUGGCUCUGGUCCUGUAUGUCAACACUCUGGGCGCCGAUUUCUGCUACGAUGACAGCCGUGCAAUUAAGACCAAUCAGGACCUGCUUCCAGAGACGCCCUGGACAAACAUCUUCUACGAUGACUUCUGGGGCACCUUACUCACACACAGCGGCAGCCAUAAGUCUUACCGACCCCUGUGCACCCUCUCCUUCCGCCUUAAUCAUGCUGUGGGUGGGCUGGAGCCUUGGGGAUACCACCUGGUUAAUGUGGUCCUCCAUGGGGCUGUGACAGGCCUGUUUACCUCACUUGCUCGCCUGCUGCUCGGAGGUGGAUUUUGGAGCCUGCUGGCUGGCCUGCUCUUCGCCUCUCACCCAAUUCACACCGAGGCAGUGGCGGGCGUUGUCGGCCGAGCUGAUGAAGGUGCUGCCCUUUUCUUCUUAUUGUCGCUGCUGUGUUACAUGCGUCACUGUAGCCUGCGGGGCCGUGCUGGGUCCUGGCGGCUCGUGGCCUGGUUCCUUGGUAGCUUGGGUUGUGCUGCUUGCAGCAUGCUCUGGAAGGAACUCGGAGUAACCGUUCUGGCUGUAUCAGCGCUGUACGAUGUCUGCAUUUUCCACAGGCUCAAACUGCGACAGAUCGUCACGCUCCUUUACAAGAGAAAGAACGCCCACCUGCUGCUGAAUGUGGUUUUGCUGGCAGCAUGGGGUGCCUUCUUACUGGCCUGCCGCUUCUACUGGAUGGGCAACAAACCCCCAAACUUCUCCAACUCUGACAACCCAGCGGCUGACUCCCCCUCACACCUCACCAGGACCCUAACCUUUUCCUACCUCCCUGCUGUUAACUUCUGGCUCCUCCUCUGCCCAGACACACUCAGUUUUGAUUGGUCAAUGGAUGCCGUGCCUCUGAUCAGGGGCCUUGCUGACUGGAGGAACUUUUAUACAACAGUCUUCUAUGUUGGACUGUUGUUGCUAGCUUGGUUCGGCUUGUGCACACAUCGUACAACCAGGGGCAAGGACACUAAUGGCAAAGUGCAUCAUUACACUAAUGGCAGAAAUGGGAGCAGUAAUGGACACAGUUACAAUUAUAACAAUCAUGAACACUUGAACAAUUCCAAUACAGAUGCUCACAUAAAUAGUGCACAAAAUGGCACCAAAAAGCACUACGAGAGCAGGACUCCGCUACCUACCACUGAAAAUAUUGUGGUGUUCUCACUAGGCCUGUUGGCUAUCCCUUUUCUACCUGCCACAAACGUGUUUUUCUAUGUGGGAUUUGUGAUAGCUGAGAGAGUACUGUACAUUCCCAGUAUGGGCUUUUGCCUGCUGGUUGCAGUGGGGAUCAGGUCCCUCUACAUCCGACUACGACGCAGGUCAUCCAGGUCAAUGUUGGUGUACUCCAGUGCAGCCCUGGUUCUACUUUUUGGUGUCAAAACUGUUUUGAGGAACCGGGACUGGCAGAAUGAAGAAAUGCUCUACAAGUCAGGGAUUUAUGUCAAUCCUGCUAAAGCAUGGGGCAACCUCGGAAAUGUCUUGAAGAGCCAGGGAAAGAUGGAGAAGGCUGAACAGGCUUACAGAAAUGCCCUGUAUUACCGCAGCAACAUGGCUGACAUGCUGUAUAACCUCGGUUUGCUGCUACAGGAGAGCAAUAAGUUCUCAGAGGCACUCCACUACUAUAAGCUGGCCAUUGGGAGCCGGCCAACUCUGGCUUCAGCCUACUUGAACACAGGCAUAAUCCUGAUGAAUCAGGGUCGCCUAGAUGAGGCCAAACGCACUUUCCUGACCUGUGCUGAUAUCCCAGAUGAGAAUUUGAAGGACCCCCAUGCCCACAAGAGCUCAGUCACAAGCUGCCUGUACAACCUGGGCAAACUGCUGCAUGAGCAGGGACACCAGGAGGAGGCCCUCUCUGUGUUUAAAGAAGCAAUACAGAAAAUGCCAAGACAGUUUGCACCACAGAGCCUCUACAACAUGAUGGGAGAGGCCUACAUGAGACUGAAUAAGCUGACCGAGGCUGCAUACUGGUACCGAGAAUCCCUGCGAGCCAAGCCAGACCACAUUCCUGCACACCUCACUUAUGGGAAACUUCUCGCAAUGACGGGGCAGAAAACAGAAGCAGAGAGGUACUUCCUGAAGGCCAUCCAACUCGAUCCCACAAAAGGCAACUGCUACAUGCAUUACGGUCAGUUUUUGUUGGAAGAGUCGCGUCUGCUUGAAGCAGCAGAGAUGGCAAAGACAGCUGCACGCCUUGACAGUGGGGAAUUUGAUGUGGUCUUCAAUGCAGCCCACAUGCUCAGACAAGCCAGCCUAAAUGAGGCAGCGGAGAAGUAUUACGGACAAGCAGCAAGCCUGAGACCCAAUUACCCCGCAGCCUUGAUGAAUCUCGGGGCAAUCCUCCACCUCAAUGGGAAGCUGCAAGAAGCUGAAGCCAAUUACCUCCGAGCACUUCAACUAAAACCAGAUGAUGCCAUCACCCAGUCCAAUUUGCGUAAGCUGUGGAACAUCAUGGAGAAACAGGGCCUGAGGACCACAAGCCCCUGAGCUCAAGAGGCCCGCCUACCCGCCAUCUGCACACCAGACCCGGGGAAAGGACAGCCUACACACUCCUCAUUCACUCUUCUCGUCCAAGAAAGAUGGAAGAGACUCAGGGAGGAUGUUUGCUCAGAGAGGCCAUGACUGUGCCACAUAGCCUUUCUAAUGACUCCUGAGCUCUGCAUACACCUCAGGCCAGCAACUUUCCUUGGAAUCAUUGCUCACACUUUGGCAGGCACUAGGUAUUUGUACUUUCUUCAAAAUUAAAGUUUUCACAGAAUACUUUUUUUUUUUUCCUUUCUUUUAUAACAAGAGCACUUGAAGUAAGACCAGGUACAUCCUUUAACAUUUCUGAUCAAUCAUACUUAAUAAGAGAGAAACACGCACAUCCACAAAAAUUAAACUGGGUGCUGGAUCCGAACAGAACUCAGUGAAAAAGGAGGAGGUCUGCACACCAACAAGCUCCUGGAAAUAUUUUAAUCCAUCGGUAUUUCAGAAAGUAACGUUUUCGGGCUGCAAUGCCCUUCUUCAGACUUCAAUCAUACUUACCUAAAACAAGCAAAUUCUGUUCAAAAGUGUCUUUAAAAGAAUUGUCAAAUUGGGCAAACUAAUAGAGAAUAAAGAAUCUUAUAAUGCUGCACUUGGGGAGAGGGGUGGGGGGUGGUUUCCAUCACAUUGCAUUAGAGUUCUUGGUUUCGCCAGAUGCUCCACUUUGAUAAUGAGGAAAAUAAGGUUAUAUGAAGAAUUAACAACAUUCAAAAUAGCAGGAAUAAUUAAGUUAAGCUUAUAUGCUUAAAAUCUCCAGCUUGGGUACUGAUUCACAAUCUCAAUGAGUCACUUUGAUUUGUUCAUUAGAUUAUACACACUUCAUACUGAAGAUUUAUAGAUGAGCACUAUUAUUGCAGACAUUUGUAGCACUUGUCCUGAUAUUUGGCGCUAACUUGAAAAAGGGAAUUUAAUUUGUUAGCCAUUGCAGCGCAACAGUAGCUUCUGCAGAGGUCCAGCUUUGCAAAACGCAGCAUGUUUUGGCAGGUAAACUCAAAAAAGUGAAGGAAAAUUUGCAUUGUAAUGACUUCAAAGGUUUAAUAUCUUUUUUCAUGAGUGUAGCACGUGUUGUUUUUAUCAGUACAGAUCUUCUCUGCAUUGGUUAAGAAGUCACCAUGGCAGUUAAGAAGCUAUAAAUAGAAAUAUUAAGCUACCUUCCCGUGGAAGUAACAGAAAAUUAAAAAAAAAAAUAGGCAGGUACUGUAGAUUCAGGUACACCACCUUCCUACAUGCCCGAAGCUUUUAUAUGAGAGUGUGUAAGGACCUGAAGCAGAUGAAGGAGUUCUUCUAACCAAAUACAAAAAACUAUGCUGAUGCACACCUUUUAACCACAGAGCAAUGCACAGUCAUGGUGCGUUUGAGGGAAAUACUUUAAUGCCUUUAUGUUGAUAUAAGUAAUUUCAGUGUGUUUGUAUAAAUUAAUUCUAAUAUAUACCUACAUUGUGUAUAGUAUACAGAAAAUCAUGCAGCAAAAAAGUAGCCAGAUGCAAAGUUGACUCUGCGUUACUGAGCAAGUUUGGCUUAUUACAAUACAGUAUUUCUCACAUUGCCAGUUUCAGUCUGUCAGUCUCAUUUGUACAUAUUCUGUGUAAUUUGUUUAUUUUGUUUAUUGUCAGCAAGUGAAACACACCUUCCCAGAAAUAACAGCAUGCACCAUAUUUGUAAUAAUUUGUUUGUUAUUGGCCACAAACUUUACAGCUGUGUCCUUGGUUUAUUUCAUUUUAAGUUAUUGCUCUGUGUUGACUAGCAACAGAACCAGCUGGUACUGUGUUUUUAUAUGUAAAAUGAAGGAAAUGAGGUAGAAGGGAAAAUAAGGUUAUUAUGUGUACUUCGGUGGUCAUUAUGGAGUAAAAUAUCCAGUUGCGUGGCCCAUCAUAGGUAAAUACAGAGCAGCAUCUACAAUGGAAGGUAAAGUUUUUGAGUGUACGUCACUUGUUGCAGUCAUAGUGCUAUAAUAAUGUCGUUCUGUUUUUAACUAUGAUGGUGAUAGUGAAAUGUCAAGUAAGAGUCUGUUCACAUUCAUUCCCAACCCCAUAUAUCACACACCCCAGACAUAUUGUGCUAUUAUCACAUGUAUAUAUAUAUAUAGUGUUAAUGAAGAAACACUGACAGCUUGUUUUGUGAAGGUGUUCAAAAAAAAAAAAAAAAAAGUGUUUCACUCUGUGUCUCUGCUCAGGGAUCUCAAGUGGUGGGCUAUUGCAGAAAAUUGUUCACGGAGCGUUUACUAAAUUAAAAUUUAUUUUUGAAAGUUGUUGUAUUUGUAUAAAUUAUCAAGCUUUGUAGCCCCCCUUUUUUUUUCCUCUCUUUUUUUGUAAUAUAAAAUGUAAAAUGUGGCAGAGUAGACUUUUCUUCCUGGUGUUGUUUUCGUUUGUUUUGUUUGUGUUUUUUUUUGUUUGUUUGUUUUUCUCCACAAUAAAUUU